AUGGAUGGGCUCAUUAUCACGAGCUUUGAAGUUGGAAACAUCGGAUUUCUCGUCAGCCUGCUCCCGAGCAGUUUAAGAGGCUAUAUUGACAUUCUCUUGGCUGAUUCUGUGCUUUCAUUCUGUGCAUCUUCUUUGUUAGCUUCAAAUAGAGGUUUAAUGGGGGAGAAUGUGACAACUGUUGGACAAAUUGGGGUUGCCAUAGCAAUCCUGAAUCAAGAAAACUCUGCUUUUGGUGUGUUUACGGAGAAGAAAAAGGAUGAGUUUGGAUUGGAAUUUGUGUAUGAUAAUUAUGGAGGGACGAAUGUUGAUUCUUGCAUUACGGAUUGCUCAAUAUUGGAAGAAAUUGUUCGCAUUGAAGAAGAAAGUAGGCAGAAAUUGACUAAAAGAAGCAAAGGAUUAAGAAAGCGUCCUACUGCUAUGACUAUUGGGUGUCAAUCACAACUAGAGAAGAAAAGCCAGAAAAUUAGAAUUUUUUUUAAAAGGAAAAUUACAGAAGUAGUUGAUAGAGGAGGAAAAGAAAAGGCUUUGAUGGAGAAUGAGAUAGUCAAUGAGAAAGUUUUUAGUGGAAAUUCAUAUUCCCCAGGGAGUUCCAGUGUUAGUGAUUUAAAGACUGAUACUUGUUUGGCAACAAAAUAUGUGCACGAAAAGGUUAAGAGAAGGAAGAUUGAAGAUUUGUUAGAUGAAAAACAAAGUAAAUUGGAAAAUAGAGCGAAAAAGAGAAAAAGGAUAGAACCUGUAGUGCCAAUUGAACCUCCAGGUUUGCCAGAUGAGUUCAAGGAGAAGAUUGAAAAUAUGGGUGUUCAAAGUUCUGAAGUGAAACUGGUAAUUCAGAAAGUUCUUUAUGAUACAGAUUUGAGCAAUAAGCAUAUGCGAAUGUCAAUUCCUGUGAACCAAGUAAGGAAUAAGGAUUUCUUGACACCACAACAAAAAUUGGACUUGGAGAUGAGGGACAUUGAGUCCAACAAAAAGAUGAAGAUUCAGUUCAACUUAAUCGAGCCAUCACUUGAAGAAACAAAAAUUCAUUUGGCAAAGUGGGACAUAAAUAAAAGUUUAAAUUACGUCUUGUUGAAUGAUUGGAUGGCAGUAGCAGAAAGGAAUAAUCUCAAAUCUGAAAUGAUAGUGCAAGUCUGGUCUUUUAGACAAGAUUUGGUCCCGUGGUUGGCAUUAGUUUUGGUUCCUGAUCAAGCUGCAUUGGAGGGUUAA